UGGACGUUACAAAGAAGCAGCCCUCCGAUGGAAUAAAGACUCCAAAUUGACUCCGUAUAUUAUAUAUACAUACAUACAUGUAUAUAUCGACAUGUAGUAUAUCAAACCAGAUCCCUCUCUCUCUCCUCUUUCUCUCUCUAGAUUGAAAUUCCAAUUCCAUUGUUUGGUUGACGCGCUUAUCUCUCUCUCUAUUGAUCCGUCAACAAGUCUGUGCUUUUGUCUGUUGCAUAAAAUUGAAUCUCAGGACAUCAAGUUUUUCUUCAAUGAUAAUGAGGUCCAUAGAACUCUUCGUCUUACACACCCGACUUGUAUGGAUCUGCUCUUAACAUUCAUAUCAAGGUCAGUCUUUAAUCGAGAAAUUCAAGGUCUAGACCUACACGAGAAUGUCUCAGAAAUUCAAAUUCAUAGUAGUUCUAUUGAUUUUCGCUUUCUCACAACAAUCAGACGCAUCUUCGAUUCCAAUGUUUCGGAAACAACUCUCAGAAGUUCCCAAAGAGAAUAAUUCCCAUAUUCCUCCUUUGAUAAGCCCUGUUUCGAGUGCGGGUUUCAAUCCUGAUGGAGCUCCUGUUGAUAAUUCUGGCCAGGCACCUGUCAAUCCCCCGAAAGCCGAACCAAUCGGUACAGUCACCAAUGAAAGGUGUGGAUUGUCUAAUAGUUGCAAGGAUGAUGAGAAUAUGACUGCGUGCCUUUCUUAUGCUGGAAAUGGCCCCCAAGUUCCAUUUCUUAUCGUUCAGAAUGAUGGAGAGAACUAUCUGAAAGUGAAUUUUAUAUUCUUGCCUGUAAAAGAUGCAUUCAAGGGGCUGGAACUAUCAAAUCACCAAGCCAAGAAGAUCAAUAUAACCACAAAUCGUGGAGGAACUAAAUCGAUUGUAUUAAAUGCUGGAAAUGGGAAUUGUACAAUUCAAAUGGGAUCCUCAGCUCCAGGAAACAACUUCUACAAGCAUUUUCAGUCGUAUGCCAUAUAUGUUACCCCCAUGCACAGUGCUUACGUAAUCUUUUCAACAGGAAUUAUCAUUUGCGGGAUAUGGGCCUGUUGCAAGUUAGGGAAAGGAGAACGGCAUCUUGAGGGAGUUCCAUAUCAGGAACUUGAAAUGGGGCAGCCAGGUUCACUUUCAACCAUGAAUGUGGAAACAGAAGGUUGGGAUCAAGGCUGGGAUGAUGAUUGGGAUGAGGAAAAGGCAGUGAAGUCACCAGGUGGAAAUCGUGUAGGAAAUGGACGGGCAAAUGGCCGUUCUUCCAGAUCCUCUGAUAAUGAUGGUUGGGGAAACGAUUGGGAUGAUUAAGUGAGAUUUCAUAUUUAAAUUUUCUAGGAAAAUCAAUGAAAAGGGAAAUGAAAGAAAAAUAGAUGUAGUGGAUUAGGAAAAAGAGUGAAUGAGUGUAUGAAAACACUGUGAAUGGUUGAACUUUUCACACUCUGUGCUAGUGUCGCAAUCGGAUUUCAUAGAGAGAUUGUUUAGCGUAAGCAGUUUUGUUGUCUGUAAAACAAGUUGUUGCCAUUUUUGAUAAUCACAUUAUUUUUUAUUUCA